CGACAUCUCAACGCGCCCAACUCUGACUACACGAUCUGAUACCCACACCGAAACCAGUACAACAGCGCAUUCUGGUCCUCACGCAGCCUAGUCACCGCCGCCAUGGAUGGCCUCCAGCUUCGCGAUGAAGCGGUCAGGGAUCGCAUUCGACAGGCGCAGGACUUUCUUGAUCCCCAGGAUCCGAGAGCGCGAAGCUACCAGGCAGAGAUUCUAUUGAUGCUCAAUCGAGGCCUAAGACGCCUGACAGUCAGCAUUGACGAGAUCCGGCAGCACAGCAGAGAGAUGGCAGAUGGCCUCCUCAACCAACCCUUCGACUGGUCGCAAGCCUUCGAUCGCGCGCUUUUCGACAUUGUGCAGACACUGCGCAGCCGAGCAACACAGCAGGUGGACGAGGAGGCAAUGUAUUACUGCGCGUACGUUGGCAGCUUCGGCGAAUAUGCCUGUAACCCGCGAACGCUUUCCUCGCAAUACCUGAAUCACAUGGUGUCAUUGGAGGGCAUUGUCACAAAAUGCUCACUCGUGCGGCCAAAAGUGAUCAAGAGUGUGCACUGGAACGAGAGAAAGUCGACUUUCCACUUCCGCGAAUACCGAGACCAGACGAUGACUGCCAACGGAGCAGCAAGCACAAGCGUCUACCCCACAGAAGAUGGUGAAGGCAACCCACUUGUCACAGAAUAUGGAUAUUGCACAUACAGAGAUCAUCAGACGAUCUCAAUACAAGAGAUGCCAGAGCGGGCACCUGCUGGUCAGCUGCCGCGCGGCGUGGAUGUAAUCAUGGACGAUGAUAUGGUUGACCGGGUGAAGCCCGGUGACAGAAUACAACUGGUUGGUAUCUACCGGUCUUUGGGUAACCGCAAUGCCGGACAGGGCAGCUCAACUUUCAAGACAUUGAUCCUGGCCAAUAAUGUGAUUCUGCUUUCAUCAAAGUCAGGAGGUGGUAUCGCACAGCAAACAAUCACAGACGGCGACAUCAGAAAUAUCAACAAGAUCUCGAAGGGUCGAAAGGUGUUCGACUUGCUUUCGCAAUCACUGGCGCCGAGUAUCUACGGACACGAUUACAUCAAGAAGGCGAUAUUGCUUAUGCUGCUUGGUGGUAUGGAGAAGAACUUGGACAAUGGCACACAUCUUCGUGGUGACAUCAACAUCCUCAUGGUUGGUGAUCCAUCCACUGCGAAAUCUCAAUUGCUCCGAUUUGUGCUCAACACUGCUCCUCUGGCCAUUGCCACAACCGGUCGCGGAUCGUCUGGUGUCGGUUUGACCGCAGCUGUAACUUCAGACAAGGAGACCGGAGAAAGGCGACUGGAGGCUGGUGCCAUGGUUCUCGGUGAUCGUGGUGUGGUAUGCAUUGACGAGUUCGACAAGAUGUCUGAUGUCGAUCGCGUUGCCAUUCACGAAGUCAUGGAGCAACAGACAGUCACCAUCGCAAAGGCUGGCAUCCAUACUUCUCUCAACGCUCGCUGCUCCGUCAUUGCAGCAGCCAACCCGAUCUACGGGCAAUACGACACUCACAAGGAUCCUCACAAGAACAUUGCCCUGCCCGAUUCCUUGCUCUCGCGUUUCGAUUUGCUAUUUGUGGUCACGGAUGAUAUUGAGGACGUACGUGAUCGUCAAGUAUCGGAGCAUGUCCUGCGCAUGCAUCGAUACCGCCAGCCAGGUACAGAGGAGGGAGCACCAGUCCGUGAACAGCAGAACCAAACACUUGGCGUAGGCCUCGAAGAGGAAGGUGAUACGAGCAACAAGACUACUCAGCCUUACGAGAAAUUCGACGCCAUGGUGCACAGUGGAGUAACAAUCACCCGAGGCCGUGGCGCGAACCAACGACGAGAGGUUCUGAGCAUUCCCUUCAUCAAGAAAUACAUUCAGUACGCGAAACAGCGUAUCAAGCCGAUCUUGACAAAGGGUGCCGCGGACCAUAUUGUUGCUGCGUACAGCGCACUACGAAACGACGAAAUGGAGGGCAAUCAACGCAAGACUUCUCCAAUGACUGCCCGUACUCUGGAAACACUGAUCCGUCUAGCCACUGCGCACGCAAAGUCACGUCUAUCGAACAGAGUGGACGAGAAGGACGCAGAAGUUGCGGAGGGAAUCCUGAGAUUCGCGCUGUUCAAAGAAGUCGUGGAGGACGAGCGCAAGCGACGGAAGCGUGCCAGACGAUCACCAGAUCCAGAUGCGAUGUCGACAGAUGACUCUGAUAGCAGCAAUGAUGACGAUACCAACCUCAGGCCCAGAGCGAGCAGAUCAACGCGGACGCCUGGACGGAGCACUCGGGGUACUAACGGCACGAAUGGUACGAAUGGUCACGCACCAACCAACGGGGGUGCUGAGGAAGAAGAGGAAGAAGAGGAUCUGUACAAUUCGACGCCGGCCCGAACAGGACGUACGACACAGACAAAUGGUGCCACUGGCUCACAAGCAAGCAUGGCUUCCUCGUUGCCAGCUUCGCAACUUCUGCAAGACGAAUCCCAGCCCACACAAGAGGAGGAAGAGGAAGAGGAAGAGGAAGAAGCAGCAGGAGAGCCAAUUACUGCUCAACGACUGCAGGCUUUCCAGACUGCUCUCGGUCAACUUAUCGAUGGGCCACUGUUUGCAAAUGAUGCUGCAGAUGUCGAGCCAUUGGUCGCAGCAGUCAAUGCGCGAUUGAGGAGUGGCGAGACGCGCUUCGAGGAUGAUGAAGCGCUCAAGGCGCUCGAGGAGCUGAAUGAGCGCAACAAGAUCAUGUUGAGCGGUGGUAUCGUGUACAAGAUCUGAUGAUGCUCGACGAGGAGAUUUUGUUCGUGUAUUGAAAUUACGGCGCACAGUGCACUGACUGGCGAAACGCAUGAGCUUUGGCGCUGGAGCUUGACGAGUACUAUGAAUGCGAUGCUUUUCCUGAUCUUCCAUGCUAUCUCUAUUGAGAGAGAAUCCUUGUAUCCAUGCAACCGAGUCUCUGGUACUUCAGAUGGAAAAUGAUGGUAUUUUCCCUGCACAAUCUCCUCGUCAGCUGCAUUGCAUUUCCCAGGUUGUCGGACAACACCAACACAACA